AUGGAUACUCAAGUAACACCUCGUCGUCUCUCAUCAAUCAAUAUGAAGAUGAUGCAAGAGGUGGGUGUGUAUGUUCCAAUGACACACGAAAUCUACAAGCAGUGGUCAAGGCGGGUCACCAACACUGGUGACAUUAUGUACGUGAAUCUACCAGAGAGGCUAGGUGAAGAUAAAACGGACAACCAGAACGACUGGGUAGUCUUCUGGAUCUUUGUAUUCCGCCACUUGACUAAAGAUUGGCUGCAGACUGCUCGCUUCUCAAGGACGAACAACAAACUCGUCACCCUGAAGAACACUGACGACCUUCCAUGGAGUGGAGACCAUAAGUCACUCCAGAAGCCCUCAAUCAACACACUCAUGUCAGAGGGAGUACGCUCGAUCUGGCCGCUACUGAGACACGAGGAGCAGCAUACUCUCGCACACUAUUGGGCGAGUCUCUUGCCGUCUUAUCCCGGCGACCCAAUACAACGAGCAGCUCCUCAGCCAAGCCGUGAGCAGCGUGGCGAAUGGGACUGGACCGGUCUCUACCAACCAGUCCGCCAAGAAUACGAUCCUAGCCUUGUGCGCUCUCACAUGUGCUGUUAUUCAGGCCGACAACCGGUUGAUUGUCGCUUCGACCAAACACGGCGGGGGGCGACUUCUUACCACACUGCUCUGUUAAAAGCCUACAGCCUUGAGCAGCUUCUCAGCCGAGCCGUGAACAGCGUGACAAACGGGACUGGACAGGUCUCUACCAACCAAUCCGCCAAGAAUACGAUCCUUGCCUUGUGCCCUCUCACAAGUGCUGUUAUUCUGGCCGACCACAGGCGGAUUGUCAGUUCAUUACCAACUUGUGCUUCGAACACGUAA